GCCUGCCAGGACCCAUGGGUGCCCAGUGACACUGGCACCUCUCUGAGCUCUCACUGUACACUGCCUGAGCCUGCCUGCUUAAAGCCAUUGCCCUCAGCAUGAGAUAAGUCUGCAAUAUAUUUCAGUGCAGGUGAGCAGCCAAAAUUUUGACAACUGUAAGUCUCAGAAAGUCUGGGAGGUGUCUUUUUUUAGGUGGCAAGUGGAAGAAUUGGCGAUUUCUUCACGUGUGUCCCGGCAGCAGAGGUACAAGACAGAAGCAGUGUCAGGCUGUUUUGUUUCCCCUUUGCUCUAUGCACAAUUUGCUCUACUGAACUGCUUCAUUUGGGACGCCUGCUUGGGACAGGCUGCUGGAGUUAGCUGUCACAUCCAUCUCCUGACAAAUGAAUAUGACAUCAGGGUGACUUCAGUUUUUUAUAAAUAUCUAUUGCCAGUUUGAUUCAUACGUCAGCACAGCCCUGGAGUUAAAACUGAAUGGGACUGAAUAUUAUUCCUGCCUUUUAAGGCUGGUGGAAUUUCCCCUCUUUAUGGAAGAAACUUCUCACUUACAUAUUUCACUAGUAUCUACCAUCACAAGCCUUAGAUUUUGUCUCUCUCAAGCCUGCAUCCUGUAAAUCCCUGUAAUUGCAUGCAGCUGUUUGUGAGCCAUCCUCUGCAAAUUGAAAGCAUGCAUUGAAAAAGCCCCAAGCAGAGAACCUCUAAAAUAAGUGCUGAAAAAGCUGCUGAUUUUCCAAAAAGACCCUCUCUGCUCUGCCCUCCCCUGCCCUCCUCUGCUGUCGCUACCUUGCAGUUUAUGACAUCCAGAGAGUGGGAGGUCUGACAAUCCGAACAAGGCAGCAAGGAAGAAAUUCCAUUCCUGUUGCAAUCAGUAAUUCCUCCGUGGAGGCUGCUUUCUCGGGAGCGUGUGCGCGCGCUUUCUUUUGUGUCACUUCAAGACGGGCUCUGAUAUUAUUAUUACUUUAAAUAUAGCUUGCCCUGGGGCGGGGAAAUGCACAAGGAAAGAGCCGGCAAGCAGCCUAUCUCUCAGAAGAAAAGAGCAAGCCUCGCAGCGCAGGAACUGGCUUCACUCAAGUGUGCAGUUUAGAAGUCAGAAAACUAUUUGAAUUACCACCAUUGUGGAGGAGGCUGAAGAAAAAAGACACGGAACUGGCUAAACACAGAGAAGAACAUGGUAAACCAGGGUGCAAAGUGCAUCUAUUUGCAGUUUGAAAGUGGGCUCUGAAGUGCAAUGUAAGUCUUCCUUAAAUUGUAUUCUUUUAUAACAGUACCUAGUCGUUUAAUUUCCAUUCCGAAGCCAUGCUGGGCCAAAAGGUACAAUUAGCUACAAAAAUCAGCAUGGAGCAGAAUUUGUAGUCUCUGAUACGAGGCUGAAAAUGAUUCUGAAAUACAACAGAAGACAGAGACUAUCAGCCAUAUUAUGGAAGAUGCACUAAAAAUAAGAGCAUAUUUAAUUAUUUCAAGAGAAACAUGCUGGAUGGAAUUAUUAAUCAACUUUCUUAAUAGAGAAGCAAGAGCUUUGCUGUUUAAUAAGGCAAGCUAUUUUAAUGCUGCUGUGUUUAAAAUUGUGUGAUUACAGUUACCAAUAGCAAUAAGAUGUAGCUCCAGAGGGGAGUCCUAGUGGUUGCAAAAGUUUUAUGUCUUUUAUUUCUCCAACCUUUUUGCUCUCUGAAGCCUCAAGUCCACAUUCGGUAUCCUACAGCCUGGUUUUACUUUUAAGCUGGAUUUUCAAUAUAUGCCAACACUGGGCUUCCUAUGGAACUGAAAACAAAACAUUUCAGCUUUCGGAGUAAUUCUGGUAUGUUUUUCUACAUCGCACUAGUGGCAAAAAUACAGUCGACAAAAGAUUGUGCUCCUUCAACUUCUGGCAUGGAGAGCUGAGGAAUAUAAUGCCCAAUGGUGACAAAGGGUGAUAAUUUCCUGUUUUUCACAAUUUAUCUUUGUGGUUUUGGACUUAGCAAUGGAUAUUCUUUGUGAUGGAGAGAGCUCUGUGAACCCAACUGCAAACUCCUUCAUACAAAUAAACCAUGAGAGAAGAUUCUACAGAAAUGUUUAUGGAGCUGGAGAAAUUAAUAUAUCACAUCUCUGCAACCUGACUGUGAACUCUGACAACCUAACCAAUCUUUCAUGCGAAAGCAACAUGAGCCCACCGUGCUGCCCUUCGCAGAAAAACUGGCCGGCUUUGCUGACAGUGAUAGUGAUUGUUUUAACCAUUGCUGGAAAUAUUCUUGUCAUCAUGGCUGUUUCACUGGAGAAAAAACUACAGAAUGCCACUAACUAUUUUCUAAUGUCACUUGCAAUAGCUGAUAUGCUGCUGGGUUUCUUUGUCAUGCCUGUGUCCAUGUUAACCAUACUGUAUGACAAGCAACAGGGACUCCUGCUGGCCAGGCUCCGCUGCCGAGGGAAGAGACGCCGGCAAUCGGUGUCUCGGGCGGGAUUUGGGGCUGGAUGCCUUUCCCUCCCGGCGGGAGCCGGAGCCCUCGUCCCGGGAAAGGCUGCGCCGCCCUCCUCGGCCAAGGCCGGGGCACAGGAGCGCCUGAAGUACUUCAUCUCACUGGACCGCUACAUUGCCAUCCGAAACCCCAUCCACCACAGCCGCUUUAACUCAAGAACGAAGGCUUUUGCCAAAAUAAUUGCUGUUUGGACCAUAUCAGUUGGUAUCUCCAUGCCUGUACCUGUCUUUGGACUACAAGAUGACUCCAAAGUAUUUAAGAAAGACAUUUUUAAGAAAGACAUCUGCUUACUCGCAGAUGAAAAUUUUGUUCUAGUAGGUUCUUUUGUGGCAUUCUUCAUCCCUCUAACCAUCAUGGUAGUCACUUACUUUUUAACUAUCAAGUCGCUGCAGAAGGAAGCUAUGCUAUGUGUGAAUGACAUUGGCCCAAAGACCAAGUUUACUUCAUUCAGCUUCCUCCCUCAGAGUUCCCUGUCCUCAGAGAAACUCUUUCAGCGCUCCUUGAACAGAGAUACAGGGACUUCAGGGAGGAGAACAAUGCAAUCCAUCAGCAAUGAGCAGAAGGCUUCCAAGGUCCUUGGCAUUGUCUUCUUCCUGUUUGUUGUGAUGUGGUGCCCAUUUUUCAUCACCAAUGUGAUGGCUGUUAUUUGCAAGGAGUCAUGCAAAGAAGAGGUCAUUGGAGGGCUUCUUAACAUAUUUGUUUGGAUUGGCUACCUUUCUUCGGCUGUCAACCCACUCGUGUACACGUUGUUCAACAAAACCUACCGCUCAGCUUUCUCUCGCUACAUCCAGUGUCGCUACAAGGAGGAGAAGAAACCUUUCCAGCUGAUUUUAGUGAACACUAUUCCAGCACUUGCAUACGACUCCAGCCAGCUCCAGCUAGCACAAAUGAAGAGUUUGAAAAAAGAGGCGAAAAUGAUGGCUAAGGAUUACUCGACGGUCACGAUAGGAGCACAUCGUUUAGAUGGUACUUCCAAGGGAAGUAUCGGCCCAGGGAACGAAAAGGUUAGUGGUGUGUGAUGGUCAGCAGCUGCCAUGACAACCACUGUGCGUGUGCUGAAAAUUUCACCUGCUGUGAGAAGCUCUGAUAGCUUAGGAAAAUCAGCUGUGUCCAAGAGACCUUCCGACAACUUCAUAUACUCCUCCCAUUAUCCUGUGGAUGAAAAGCAGGGUUGAAAGGGUAUCAAAUGUGCAAUUUUUUUUCAUACAGUACUUUGGCUGUUUUAAGCACAGGCUUUAUUAAACUUAUUUUUUUAAUAUUCUAAAGAAUAUAUUUCUUAAAGAAAAAAAAUGCAAUUUCUGUAUUAUAAUAUGGGCUAUGAAGAAACCUACGCAUUUCUUUUCUCUUUGCCAAUGAAAGCUAAGCUGUCCUUUGAUGUUCUCGCAGAGUAGGCUCCAGCUAGUUUGUCUUGCUACAAUUGAGUUUUGUUAUCAUUAACUGAAUGAGCACUUUAUGGAAUUUUAAAUAAAAUGACGGUUCAUUUGCAAAUAUAUAUUUAAAAUAAAUCUUAAAGUAUUAAACAAAAUCUAUUAAAACUGCUAUAGAUUAAUUAUAUGGACAUUUUGUUAACUGUUUUUAUGCCAUUUUUUCUUCCUCAGUAACCAUCCUGAAAUGUCCCUGGGCUUUUCUGCCAUUUGUUCUGUAUUUCAAAUAAGCAAUCUUCAAAGGUAAAUUAUACUUGAAUAAUCCUCUGUUUCUACCCCCACUUGUAAUUUUUAUUUCAGGACUUGUAAUUUAUUUGCAUUCAAAAAUUUCAUGUUCAGCUUAAAAAUUGAAAAUAAUGUUUUCAAAAUUACUUGUGUUAAUUCCCUGCUCCCUCCCACUGCUGUUGACAGGGAGGGUAAGUGAGAGAACAGUGGAAAACCAGGCACAACAUUGCUAAAUAAUUUCAGCAUCAGUUCCAGAUUCGUAACUCUGUACAAUUCCAACAAAGUCUGGUUUAAGCAAUGUCAGAGGAAGUUUAGCAUGAGUAAAGCCUUCAGUAAAAGGUUGAAGCAGAUCCUCUCUCAUAAUUUCUCUUUGGUUAAAAAAGGGCAUUAUGAAGAAUGUUCUGGUUUUGGUUUAGGGCUUGUAAAGCCAGAAUUAUUAGAAAGCUGUUAGUUGAUAAAAAUCGUUUUCCCUUGUUUCACUGUAUUGCUGUUAAGGCAGAUUGCUCAGGAAUGGUCAGAAGAUUGCACUACUAGGACUCAGCCUUAAUGAAAUAUGUAUGGGCAAAUGGGGCUUACUUGAAAAAUAACAGGAUCUGUAAACAACACUGAUUUCACCUGCAUAGAUCCAAGGGCAGGAUACAUUGCAUAAAGAACAUAAAAUACAUUACUUGACAGACAUGCUUAGUCAUGAAACUCCUUUCUUUCAGGCAUCAUAGCCAACGUCACUGAGGCCAGUGGGACUUUGCUGAAGAGGAGAAAUAUAAAUGCUGCAUUCACAUGCAAAGCUUAAAUCCAAUAAUUUGAUUCAUUCCAUGAAUUUUGCAGCCAUAGUCUCAUGAGAACCAGGAUGUAUUCCAGUUUCUCUGGAAAAAACACUGCCCAUCCAGAAGCAAAACCUCAAUGCCUUCAUCUGUCCUUCUAUUGAAGUUGUUCAGUUUUUACAGAGCAAUUAAAUUUCUACUAAGUCAAAGAAGGAGAAAGACAGAGAGAAAAUGAACUUUUUUCUAGCCUACCAGGUGGGAGCCUUUGGAAGAAGGCCUUUAGCUUAAGAUACUGAUUGAUCUAUGGCAGACAAGGGCUUAAAAGUUGGCUGGGUAUUUGAUUUCCAAGAAACUGAUUUAUUGUCAUAUAGAUUGUAUAACUAAAUCUGCUAGUUUUACAAGUCCUUUCCUCUGACAUGGGAUAGGUAGGAGUCACUGUGCACUGACUGAUCACACAGAAGCUCUGCAUGCACAUGAUGACACUGGCUCACCCCACAGACCUCAGCCUCCAUGUCUGGGACAAAGUGUCAUGCUGUAGCCCCACUCACAGUGAUGAUGCCACGCAUGUCAUCUAUCACCUUGCAGACAUUCAUGGGUUUCCCCCCAAAACUGGUCAUUUAGGAUGAACUGACAAAUCAAGUGGAAUAAAUGCUGUGCUCACCAGAUGCUUUAUAUGCUCUCUCUGUCUCUGGGUACAUUUGAUCACCGCAGCCAAACUGAACAGCUUCAGCAGAAGCAAAAAUGAGCUUACUGCUUCUACCUCCCUAUGCACACAUCACUCUCCUACACAGCACUGUGUGAGGGGUGUCACACUGGCAAAGAAGGGAUUCUAGGGGGAAUCUGCUAAACGCAGCUGAAUAUGAGGACUACCAUAGUAGUAGGUGGGAGCAGUGAUUUCCACUAUUUCCAUUAAGUUUGAUAUUGACCCUAAAUCUGGCACUUUGAGCUAAGGACAAUGGCCAUGUUGUAUCCCACAGGCCAGAUGUUUCCACUCCAAAACUGAGGUGAUGGUUUUGAGGAUUUGCCCUUGGAAACAGGUAUCUCAGGGAAUAAGCAGGCAGUAAUAAAAGCAAAGGUGUUUUGUGAAAAGAGGCCUGAGGCUCCAGAUCUGCCAUGAAACCAGAUUGCCUUCAUAGGAUGAAUAUUGACAGGGGACUGAAGGUCUCUAAACCUGCAUUUGAGGGGAAAGGAAACAAAAAGGCUCCUACCAGUGGAGGGAAUUGCCACCUUUUUUUGCCAUUUAUGCCUGACCUGAUGCAAGUUUCUCUGGCAUUGCAAAGGAAAGAAGUAAGUGGGACAGAAAGCUUGGGUCUCAUCGCCCACUUGUGCCAGGGAGCAAAGCCCACCUGCAUCCUGUAUGAUGUAUAUGGCACCCCGCACUUCUCCGGAGCUCAGUUCCUCCCAAGUCUCCUGAGGGUCUGGUUGCUGCUCUGCACAGUCUCCUUCACCAGCUCACAGCUGAUAAACUGUUAGUGAACAUUUCACAUUCAGUGCUUGUGCUCUCCACUUACCGUCGGCGUUUUGCCCGCGUGGCAGAGCAGUUCAGCCCUCUGUUUCUCUUUCAUUUCACCUUCUGUUCCUCGUUCACAAUGUCCAAUUGCUCAGGUUGCAAAUACUGACAGGGAAUGUUUCACUACAAUCACAGAGGGUUUCAAUUACUGGAUUGAAGUUUCAUUACAAGAUGACUCUGAACAAUCAUUUUUUUCCCAGCUUAUUAAAAUAAAACCUAUGUUUUGGACAUAAGGGACUUGACAGCAUUUAAUUAAUUGACAGCUGGAGAGAACAUAACAGUUUUUGCUUAGAAGCAGGGAAAACUGAUGCCUGAUGUUUUGCUUCUGGAGUGCUCAGAUAGAUGGUUUUAUUGAGUGAUCAGCAGUUUUUGCCUAAGAAGCCUCUCAAGGCCAAGAAUGCACAGCAGAUAAAGACCACUCUAUGGACAUUUUUGACAGCUUAGAAAAGCCUGAUUCUGCCACCCUGCAUCAAAAUAUUAACAGAUUUUUGUGCAGUUUGCCUUAGCGAGGAUGACGGAGUCAGGAUAUGAAUUUGUUCUAGCUGCCAUGCCAAAUCUGCUAGAGGUUGUUCAUCAGUAGACAGCAAUUAAUGGACUCAUUAUACUGCAGACAGAUGACAAAGUUCAUCUGUUUUAAACUAGGAUUUACAGCACUUGGCCCAUGCUUGGAAUGAACACCAUGGUUUAAUAUGACCAUCUUCAGAGCAACAUUUCCAGCUUCCAAAAAACUGUGUUUUCAUUAUGCAUCAGACUAGAAUGGAACUUUUUGUAAUUUUUCAGUUUAAAAGAAAAAGAGAAGACAUUCAUACAGACUGGUUCAGAGGUUAGGGCCUUCCCCUACCUCACAGGAAGAGCAUGCUGAGUCAGUCGGUCAUAUCUGCAUCCAAAAAAAACACUUCAUCUGAAAAAACUUUUCAGCAUCAAUUUUUCAAGUAGAUUUACAUUUUAUUACUGUUAAGACUGCAUCUGAAAAAUGUCCAAAGACAUGAAGCUCACCAUGUAUCUCCUAAGCUGGUGUGCAUCCUUUUUACACUUCAGGGUAAAAAUUCCUAUGUAUCUAUUCCAUCCAGUCAACCAAGCACUGUACUUCUGUAAUUAUUGCCAGAUGGUGAGAUGCAUUCUAUUUUGAAUACCUGUAUGUUUGCUUAUGUAAAUACAUAGAGAAAAAAAAAUUGCUGUAUUUUGUAAUGUUAAUGUAAAAUGGUGUUUCAAUGCUUUACUGUUCUGUCUGAUCGCACUGCUAGUAAAGCAGAUUAAAAUAUUCAAAUGACA